GCGCAUGCCUCCCCCCACCCCCGCCCGCGCUCCUGACGUGCUGCGGACGCUCGCGACCCGCAGCGCCCCGGAGGAGGGGCUCGGCAGAGGGGCGCCGGCCGGUCGACAAAAGAAUGCCACGGAGAAAGAAAAAAGUUAAAGAAGCUUCUGAAGCUCAGAACCUGGAGAAGAAAGAUGCAGAAACUGCCAGUUCUGUCAAUCUGAAGAGGAAACGUAGACUUGAAGAUGCAUUCAUUGUGAUAUCUGAUAGUGAUGGAGAGGAACCAAAGGAAGAGAAUGGAUUGCAGAAAAUGAAGACAAAACAGUCGAAUAGAACGAAGUGUUUGGCUAAAAGAAAAAUUGCACAAAUGACAGAAGAGGAGCAGUUUGCUCUGGCUCUCAAAAUGAGUGAGCAGGAAGCUAGGGAGAUGAACAGCCAGGAGGAGGAAGAAGAGGAGCUCUUGAGGAAAGCCAUUGCAGAAAGCCUGAAUAGUUGCCGGCCUUCUGAUGCUUCUGCUACCAGAUCUCGACCUCUGGCCACUGGACCAUCUUCACAGUCCCACCAAGAGAAAACCACAGACUCUGGGACCACAGAAGGCAUAUGGCAGCUGGUACCUCCAUCACUGUUUAAAGGCUCACAUGUCAGUCAGGGAAACGAGGCUGAGGAAAGAGAGGAGCCUUGGGACCACACUGAAAACACUGAAGAGGAGCCGGUCUUUGGCAGCUCAGGAAGCUGGGAUCAGUCAAGCCAGCCAGUGUUUGAGAAUGAGAACGUUAAAUGUUUUGACAGAUGUACUGGCCACUUGGCUGAGCACACACAGUGUGGGAAGCCACAGGAAAGUACUGGGAGGGGUUGUGUUUUUCACAAAGCUGCCCAGGGUAGGGGGGACACAUCUAGGCACUCUCUGCCUACCCCAGCAGAUGCCACAGGUCUCCAGGAUGUUGGGGGCACUGUGCACUACUUCUGGGGUAUUCCAUUCUGCCCUGCUGGAGUAGAUCCUAACCAAUAUACCAAGGUCAUUCUCUGCCAGUUGGAGGUUUAUCAAAAGAGCCUAAAAAUGGCUCAGAGGCAGCUCUUUAAAAAAAAAGGUUUUGGGGAACCAGUGUUACCUAGACCUCCUUCUCUGAUCCAGAAUGAAUGUGGCCAAGGAGAUCAGGCUAGUGAAAAAAAUGAAGGCAUCUCAGAAGAUAUGGGAGAUGAAGACAAAGAGGAGAGGCAGGAAUCUAGGGCAUCUGUCUGGCACUCAAAAACCAAGGAUUUCCAAGAAAGCCCAAUUAAAAGCUUGAAAGAGAAACUUUUGUUGGAGGAAGAACCAACAACCAGUCAUGGUCAGUCUUCCCAAGGGCUAUUUGUCGAAGAAACUUCUGAAGAAGGAAACUCUGUACCUGCCUCACAAAGCAUUGCUGCUUUGACCAGUAAGAGAAGCUCUGUCCUUAUGCCAGAGAGUUCUGCAGAGGAAAUCACUGUGUGUCCUGAGACACAGCUAAGUUCUCCUGAAACGUUUGACCUUGAAAAAGAAGUCUCUCCAGGUAGCAGAGAGAUCCUGGAUGAAGUAAGAAUAAUAAUGGCAGAUAAGGAGGUUGGUAACAGGGGAAAUGCUGAGAAGGAAAUACCUAUUUCUACAGUCUCAUCCAGUACCCAGGUGUCCUGCCCACUAUGUGACCAAGGCUUCCCACUCACAAAGAUUGAGCUACAUGCCAUGUACUGCAAUGGGCUGAUAGGGCAAGACACAGGUGGUGUUUACCAGAUUUUCUUCUAUAAAGGUACCCUUUCCCCUUUUUGUGUGUUGACUCGGAGACAAAAAAAGACCAAGAGCAAGAGUGACAGUGGGACAGCUGUCCAGACUUCCCUAGACAUUGACAAAAAUGAGAAAUGUUAUCUCUGUAAAUCCCUGGUCCCAUUCAGAGAGUACCAGAGUCAUGUAGAGUCCUGUCUCCAGCUUGCAAGGGGUGACCAAGGAGCUGGGCCUGAAGAGUGUGGGAAGGUAUGCUCAGCUAUGGAGGAGAAGCAGCAGCAGCGGCUGAGGAACCCAAAGGAAAAAAACCGCAGUGAAGGCUGGCUCCUCAGUCUCUUGGAACAGUCUGAGCACAAGACUGCAGAUGCAGAAAUAAAGACCAAGUCUUCAGAAACAGGAAGCUUCAGGGUGCCCUCGCCAGGGAUGGAAGAGGCAGGAUGCAGCAAAGAGAUACAGAGUUCCCUUCCACAUCUUGACUUAAACGAGUCUCCCAUCAAGUCUUUUGUUUCCAUUUCAGAAGCCACAGAUUGCUUAGUGGACUUUAAAAAGCAACUUACCGUCCGGCCAGGUAGCCGGACACGGACCAAAGCAGGCAGAGGAAGAAGGAGAAAACCCUGAAUUUCUAGGGUCCAGACAUUGACAAAGCAUUAGCAAUAGGGGUGGGCCAUGGUCAUUAAGUCUUAGUGGCCCCUGUUUCAUUGUUGAGCAAGUUUUCGCCCUGCAGUUUUCACCACCAGCAUCCACUCAGCAUUCUCGUUUUGAUGUUUUCUAUAAGCUAUACAGACGAUUGUGUAUAGUAUUCUGUUUUAUAAUAAUCUGAUUCACUUAUAGUUAAAAGAAAAUUUAAAUAUAUUUAUGUUUGUAUGAAA